GUGAGCGGAGCAUGGUGGGGUUUGUAGGCGGCCGCACUGUGGGCGCCCCAGGCCCGUCAGCGGGGGCGGUGUAGGGGGGAGGAAUGGCGGAGCUCCUGGCUGGGAGGGACGGCGGGGGGGCGUGUGAGGUGGUCCCGCUGGAGCUGCCUGCGCUGCGGGCGGGCUGCCCGCCCGGGAGCGGGUUAAGGCCAUAGAUUUUAUUUGGCAAAGCUGGCAUCCUAUUUCAGCACACGGGCUGUCCCUGUCUCUACCCCCACGCCCAGAGAUGCAUCGUGUUUUAGCAUCCAAGAUUUUUAUUACACAUCUUUCAUGUUUUAGACGCUUAAAAGUAGUUUAAUUUGCCUUGUUUCAUUGUAAAACGUACAGACCCCGAGUUUCUUUCUUUCCGUGUGUGUGGAGCUGCAGCACGGCUCCUCAGGGGCGCUCCGAGGGACGUGCCAGUCCUCUGGGCACGGGGGUCCUCGCCGUCUUCCCAUCCCCUCCCCGCGGCCAGGACAUUCCCACACUUCUUCCUUAAAAAUGCUGCUGCUCUCCCUGUUUUUGCCUUCCAUUGCUGCUUCUACCAUGAGUUAGACAGGCCAGCUGGAGGCUGGGUGCAGUUAUAUCCCGGAUUUAUCCCAGCACUGCCUCGCAUGAGGCAGCAGUACCAAAGUGGUGUUUCUGCCGUGCAAUGGAACUGGCCGAGACUCAGGAAAAGAGACCACUUCUUUGAAGUCCAGAAAUGGAAAAUCCUGAAGUGGCUGUGAGCUGCUGCAGUGCUCAUGAUGAUGAAAAUCUUUGCAGCUACAAACGACACCCAUCAGGAUCACAGGAGCUGCUUUUGGAAGACCAACUUAGAAGGAAGUUAAAAUUCUUCUUCAUGAACCCUUGCGAAAAAUUCUGGGCCCGGGGCAGGAAACCUUGGAAACUUGGGAUUCAGCUACUCAAAAUAGCAAUGGUGACAAUCCAGCUGGUGGUUUUUGGAUUGAGCAAUCAAAUGGUGGUUGCUUUCAAGGAAGAGAACACUGUAGCAUUCAAACAUCUCUUUCUGAAAGGCUACAUGGACAGAAUGGAUGACACAUAUGCUGUAUACACACAAACAGAUGUUUAUGAUCAGAUAUUCUUUGCAAUAAACCAGUACUUACAGCUGCCCAACAUCUCUGUUGGAAACCAUGCUUAUGAAAAGAGGGGAGCAGAAGAGACAGCUUUGACCGUAUGUCAGCAGUUCUACAGGCGAGGAACCGUCUGUCCUGGAAAUGACACCUUCGAUAUAGACCCAGAGAUUGUGACUGACUGCUUGUACAUUGAGCCAAUGAUGCCUUUAGACAACAGAACUGUGGGAAAGCAUAAUUUGAAUUUCAGUCUGGAUUUCCACAGACUAGUGACAGUACAGCUCAUGUUCAAUCUGAAGGCCAUCAACCUCCAGACUGUUCGCCACCAUGAACUCCCAGACUGUUAUGAUUUCACCCUGACAAUAGUGUUCGAUAAUAAAGCACACAGUGGAAGAAUUAAAAUAAGUCUAGACAAUGACAUAGCAAUCAGGGAAUGUAAAGACUGGCAUGUUUCUGGAUCAAUACAGAAGAAUACUCAUUACAUGAUGAUCUUCGAUGCUUUUGUUAUACUGACUUGUCUGGCCUCAUUGAUCCUUUGCACACGAUCAGUGGUUAAAGGAAUUCAGCUCCAAAGGGAAUUUGUAAGCUUUUUCCUACAUUAUUAUAAGAAAGAAGUAUCUUUCAGUGAUCAAAUGGAAUUUGUCAAUGGAUGGUACAUCCUGAUUAUAGUUAGUGAUGUCUUAACUAUUGUUGGAUCAACUUUAAAGAUGGAGAUACAAGCCAAGAGUCUGACAAGUUAUGAUGUCUGUAGCAUACUCCUGGGAACAUCCACUAUGCUUGUGUGGCUUGGAGUCAUUCGCUACCUAGGUUUCUUUCAGAAGUAUAAUGUAAGGAUCUCCCGGGAUCUUCGUGCUGUUGGUAUUUAUUUUGUUUGUUGUUAUAAGACAGCUGGAAAAAAUGCCUGGUUGAAUUCUAACUGUUCAUUUUGGUUUCUGCAGCUUCUCAUUCUAACACUGCGAGCAGCAUUGCCUAAUGUAAUGAGGUUCUGCUGUUGUGCUGCUAUGAUCUAUCUGGGCUAUUGUUUCUGUGGAUGGAUUGUACUGGGGCCUUACCAUGUGAAGUUCCGUUCUCUGAAUAUGGUUUCUGAAUGCCUUUUUUCAUUGAUAAAUGGAGAUGACAUGUUUGCCACUUUUGCAAAAAUGCAGCAGAAAAGUUACUUGGUUUGGUUAUUCAGUAGGAUCUACCUCUACUCCUUCAUCAGUCUGUUCAUCUAUAUGGUGCUAAGUCUCUUCAUUGCACUCAUUACAGAUACAUAUGAAACCAUCAAGCACUACCAGCAAGAUGGCUUUCCAGAGACAGAACUUCAGAUAUUUAUCUCACAGUGCAAAGAUUUACCAAACUCUGGCAAGUACAGGUUAGAAGAGGAGAGUUCCGUAUCUCUUUUUUGUUGUUGUAAUGGUCCUACUGAAGACAUUUAAUGGAUUGUGGGAGCGUAUUUUGGAGAAUUCAAAGCAGCACCCAUUUUAAGAACUGGAUAGUGGUCUUGGUGGAAAAUCUUAUAUCUUAAGCCUAAAUUUCCUUUUCUCCAAAAAUAGUGUAAGCCUGUGAAGAAGCAUGUGAUAAACUUAGGGUCUUUUUGAUUAGGCACUCUCGCUUCUAGUUCAAAUUUUUUUUUUUUUACGCUUUUUCCUACUCGUUUCCUAAGUUAAAUUGAACUAGAAUGCAAAGGGCAUUACAAAGCUGUGUUCAGAGACUUGGCUAGAUUGUACAAGUACACUAGAAAUGCAGUAAGUAACUUUCAGCUAUACACAGAAAUAAUAUUGGACAGCUGCAACUUUGACUACCAAACUAGCCCUCAGUACUACAGGCAUUAUC